AUGCCUAGGAAAGCCUUCGAAGCCAGGGCGUUUCUGCUUCGAUGCAGAAGGGCAUACUGUACAACAAACCCCGUCUACCAAGAAUUUCGACCAGCGACUGCGCCGAGACAAUAUCCUCCUCUCAGCCAGAUUCGAGACAAUGUCGAGCUCUACGAACGAAACUGCCUGGUGCGAAAUUAUGGCAGCCAUCAGGAUAUUCCGCACCAAGUGGCGGAUAAUGCCAGAAAGAUGAGAGAGCUUGAUCAACGCAUGGUCGGAUCCCGUCAUACACUGAAAGAGCUGCAGAAGCAAUUGAAUGCCACAAAAGGAAACAAGGCGGAUAUCGUGUCGCAGAUGAAAUCUAUCAAGCCAGAAGUCGACGCUCUUCAAACUGAGCAUGACGCACUAGAACUUGAGACACGCACCAUGGCUUUGUCAUUGCCCAACCUGACAUUUUCAAAUACACCGACCAGUGGUGAGCCUGGAUUACGAUCCUACAUCAACUACGACCCAGAUAGUCCUCCGCAGUAUGGCCCUUCGGCUGAUCACUCGAUAAUUGGUGAGAAGCUUGGUCUGCUCGACUUCGCAUCGUCCUCGAUGACGUCUGGUUGGGGGUUUUACUUCCUGCUGAAUGAGGCAGCUUUACUGGAACAAGCUCUGGUUCAGUACUCAUUAUCCGUCGCCAUGAAGCGGGGCUGGUCUGUUGUCUCCCCUCCGUCCCUCAUCUAUUCUCACAUGGCCACCGCCUGCGGUUUCCAACCUCGAGACCAACACGAUGAACAACAGAUCUGGCAAAUAGCGCAGCCUGAGAAGGAUUUGGGAAAACCCACCAGGAGUCUUGCUGCAACAGCUGAGAUUCCUCUCGCAGGAAUGUAUGCUGGCAAAGUCAUCCCUACAGAACGUCUGCCUAUCAAGCUUGUUGGAUCAAGCCGCUGUUUCCGUGCCGAGGCUGGUGCUCGCGGAGUCGACACCAAGGGUCUGUACCGUGUGCAUGAGUUUACAAAGGUUGAGAUGUUCGCGUGGACUGACUGCCCAUCUCCCAGCAGCAGCAAUGGAGGCUUAACAGAUGAGGCAAGCUGGACAGAGUAUUCAGGCCAACUUCUGGCAGAAAUGGUGGAAAUACAAACGGAGAUCCUGUCUUCACUUGGCUUGCCCUGCCGAGUCCUUGAGAUGCCGUCUUCUGAUCUGGGUGCUAGUGCGUAUCGCAAGAUUGAUAUCGAGGCAAUGUUCCCCUCGAGGAAGAAACGGGACGAGGGAUGGGGCGAAGUUACAUCCGCUUCCAUUUGCACAGACUACCAAAGUCGCAGAUUAGAUACGAGGAUCUUGGAGCCUGAUGGAUCGAGGAAGAAGUUUGCGCACACGGUGAACGGGACGGCCAUAGCAAUCCCGAGAGUUCUUGCUGCGAUCUUGGAGAAUGGCUGGCGUGAGGAUGAAGGCUGCGUUGUUCUCCCCCAGGUCCUGAGAAAGUAUAUGGGCGGUUUGGAGAAAAUUGGACCUCGUUGA